AUGGAAAUUAUUACAUUGGUGAGUGGAAAGAUGAUAAAAAGAAUGGACAUGGCAAAUAUUAUUGUAAGGAUGGGAGGAUUUAUGAAGGGUAAUGGGUAAAUAAUAAUAGGGAAGGGUUAGGAUUGUUUAAAUGGAUUGAUGGUAAUUAUUACAAUGGAUAAUGGGUGA